AUGUUGGGAAACCAAACACAAAUUGCAGAAUUCAUCCUCCUGGGAUUUGGAGACAUCGACAACUUGCAAAUAUUUCUCUUCCUGACAUUUCUAAUGAUUUACCUUGUGACUAUAACUGGAAACAUUCUCAUUCUUGUGCUAGUUACUUUUGAUAAGCAUUUUCAUACCCCGAUGUACUUCUUCCUGGGGACCCUCUCCUUCUUGGAGUCUUGCUACAGUACCAAUUUAUUACCAAGAAUGCUGUCAGAUCUCUGGACUGGAGACAGAAGAAUAUCUUUCUCUAGCUGCUUCACACAAUGGUAUCUCUGUGCUUCCUUCCUAGUGACAGAAUGCUGUCUACUCUGUGCAAUGUCUUAUGACCGGUAUCUCGCCAUCUGUAAACCACUUCACUAUCCAACAAUGAUGAACACUCAGACUUUUAUUCAGUUAGCAGCUGCAUCUUGGAUCAAUGGAUUUACUGUGUUUUUGGUAAUACUCAUCAUGAUGUUAAUACGAUUAGAUUUUUGUGGUCCCAAUCAAAUAGAUCAUUACUUCUGUGACUAUUUUCCGCUCUUAAAACUCUCUUGCAAUGACACCAGCUUGUUCCCAAUUAUGAGUUUCACUGUGGCUGCCUUGUUUAGCUUUUUUCCUUUUCUUCUUACCCUGACAUCCUACGUAUAUAUUGUAGCUGCCAUCUUGAAAAUCCCCUCCUCUACAGGGAGGCAAAAGGCCUUUUCCACCUGCUCCUCUCACUUGCUGGUGGUUUCCAUUUUCUAUGGGACUCUAAUAGUUGUUUAUAUGUUACCACAUUCUGAAGCAGUACGAGACAUGCAGAAAUUUUUCUCUCUUCUGUAUACCACUUUACCUCCUCUGGCUAACCCCUUCAUAUACAGCCUGAGAAACAAGGAGGUCAAAAAUGCCUUGAAACAUAAUAUUUGUCAGCUCAUACCGAGAGAGAUUCCAGACCCAAGACCCAAGCUAAUUUCAGCACUUUAUGGGAAUACAACAUGA